AUGCUGCCCGUAGUCGCCGGGCUGCUGCUCGUCGUGGCCGCGGGCGGCCGAGGGGCGGCGAUGGAGCGGGAGAGCCCUCCGGGCAGCCGCUUCGUCUGCACCUCGCUGCCGUUGGACGCCGCCGGCGCCGGCUGCCCGCUGCCCCCCGUGCCCGCUCAGGGCGGCUCGCCGGCCCCCGAGGAGGAGCUGAAGGCCACCGUGCUGCAACUGCGGGAGACGGUCUUGCAGCAGAAGGAGACCAUCGGCAGCCAGCGGGAGGCCAUCCGCGAGCUCACCGGUAAGCUGAGCCGUUGCGAGGUGACCGACGGCAAGGGGCCGUGGAAGAAGGAGAAGGGCAAGGACACGAUGGGCGACCUGCCGCGGGACCCGGCACAGGUCAUCGAUCAGCUGAGCCGCACCAUGCAGACCCUCAAGGACCGCCUGGAGAGCCUGGAGCACCAGCUCAGAGCCAACGUGUCGUACGCGGCGCUGCCCAAUGACCUGCGGGAGAUGCUGCAGCGGAGGCUUGGAGACCUGGAACGCCAGCUGCUGAGCAAGGUGGCUGAGCUUGAGGAUGAAAAAUCUUUGCUUCAUAAUGAGACAUCGGCCCAUCGGCAGAAGACAGAGACAGCCUUGAAUGCAUUGCUAGAAAGGGUGUCUGAAUUAGAAAAAGGUAACAGUGCGUUCAAAUCACCUGAUGAGUUCAAAGUGUCCCUUCCUCUUCGCACCAACUACUUGUAUGGGAAGAUCAAGAAGACUCUGCCAGAGCUGUAUGCUUUCACUGUAUGUUUAUGGCUGAGAUCAAGUGCUUCUCCUGGAAUUGGCACUCCGUUCUCAUAUGCUGUUCCUGGUCAAGCUAAUGAAAUUGUCCUCAUAGAGUGGGGGAAUAAUCCGAUUGAACUGCUAAUUAACGAUAAGGUUGCCCAGCUUCCUCUCUUCAUUAGUGAUGGAAAAUGGCAUCAUAUCUGUAUAACAUGGACAACAAGAGAUGGAAUGUGGGAGGCUUUUCAGGAUGGAGAGAAGCUUGGCACUGGAGAGAAUCUUGCCCCUUGGCACCCAAUUAAACCUGGAGGUGUCUUGAUCCUGGGUCAGGAGCAGGACACAGUUGGAGGAAGAUUUGAUGCAACUCAAGCCUUCGUUGGGGAGAUGAGCCAGUUCAAUAUAUGGGACAGGGUAUUAAAAGCUGAAGACAUCAUGAAUAUUGCUAACUGCUCUACCAACAUGCCUGGCAACAUCAUCCCCUGGGUUGAUAACAACGUGGAUGUGUUUGGAGGUGCAACUAAGUGGCCUGUGGAGACAUGUGAAGAGCGUCUGCUAGAUUUGUAGCUGCAAGCGUUUCCCAUCAAGUGCCCCCUUUUAGUAGGACAAUCUCCUGUGCGAUAUGAAGCACUGGUUUUUCUCUCUGCCCUUCCGUAACUCCUCAAAAAUAAAUUGAAUAAAUGGCCUCAGUACAAAAAUGAAUAAAUAAAAUAAUAAAAAGCUGUUAGUUCUGGGGCACUGGGCCUGACAAUGGGAGAAGCACUCGUUGGUUAGAGCAGCCCUUCCUUCCUUAUGGCCUGAUCCAAAAACAUGCUUUGGGCUGAGCUGCCUUUGGCUCAGGCCCUGCUACAGGGCACCAGUUCUCCUGGCAGGGCUGGGGAGCAGCCUAGCACAGGUUCACUUUGGUACUCCUUUUGGUAAUGUGUGGUCUGACAAAGCACUGAGAUUAACAGGCUAAACGGGAGCCCUUCCUUCCAGUCUAUUGUCUCCCCUUUGAAUUGAAGCCAUUCUUUUUUAGCCCUUUUUAAAGAAAUCACCUAAUCCUUAUAUUUCAGUGAUUAUGUGCAACUGUGAGUAGAGCAGAACAGCCACUGUCUGAGUGCAACAGUCUUGCUUCUUAAUUCUCAGAUCAGAAAUCUUUAUUUUGUGAUAAGGAGGCAACGUUAUCUGACAAAUGCAAUUCUUGUUCAAUGUGAAGAUGGGGCUGUGGCCAGCGUGGCUCCGUGGAAGCAGAGAAGCUGUAGGUGGGGCUCUGUCCCAGAGCUUGUCUUUCCCUGGCCAGGAUCCCAGGAGAGAUGGUUGGAUGAAGGAUUGUGCUUGUAUCUUCUGUAGGUGAAUGUACUGAAUUUGCAGUGACCUGGCCUGUAAACUUUUCUCUAUUGUUUCUCUUGCUUUAUUCCUUGUCUCUUUUUUUUUUUUUUUUUUUUUUUUUA